GGCGGGGUUUGCCGUAAAGCCGCGAGCACCGACCACCCCCCCACCUUCCCUCACUCCUGACGCCGGUGCGCGGCUCGGAGGUGCGGAGCGCAAUGCGGGCGGGCGGAGAGGCUCCGCACCAGGUGCUGGGCCGGCUGCGGUUCCUGCUGCAGUGCAGCGAGUGCUUCCGCAGCGCCCGGCCGCUGCCCGCCGCGCUGUGCUACGUGCCCCGCGAGGUGCAGUACAAGAUCUGCAAGGACCCCGCGGCCGCCGCCUCGUCCCGCAGCCUGCUCAGCGUCUGGGACGGCCCCGGGCCGGCGCGGGGCUCCAAGCGGGCGGCGCGAGCCACCAUCGAGGUGCGGAAGGGCGGCUGCCUCCGCGCUACGGGCGAGGAGUACUGCAACGGCGCGGGGCUGUGGGUGAAGCUCAGCAAGGAGCAGCUGGAAGAGUACAAGAGCGGCUGUGAUCUGGAGGAAGGCUGGGUCCUGGUGUGUAAGCAUGCAGAAGGAGGGGACAGGCUGGUCCCAGUUGAAUCCACAGAGAGGAUCCAGAGGCAGCAGCAGUUGUUUGGGGUUGAUUACAAACCUGUGAUCAGGUGGGAGCAAGUGGUGGAUCUGACUUACUCCCUGCGCCUGGGAGCAAAACCCAAGCCCAUGGACCAGGAUGAAGCUGCAGUAGAGAAGCUUCGGUUUGUGCCUCCAACAUGGACUUACGAAUGCGAUGAAGACCUAGUGCAUUUCUUGUAUGAUCAUAUUGGGAAGGAGGAUGAGAACUUGGGCAGCGUCAAGCAGUAUGUGGACAGUAUUGAUGUCUCAUCCUACACGGAAGACUUCAAUGUGUCGUGUCUGACGGACAGCCAUGCUGACACGUACUGGGAGAGCGAUGGGUCGCAGGGCCAGCACUGGGUGCGGCUCAACAUGAAGAAAGGCACCAUUGUCAAGAAGCUCCUGCUGACUGUUGAUACCACUGAUGAGAACUUCAUGCCCAAGCGCGUCGCCGUGUACGGGGGUGAGGGGGACAAUCUGAAGAAACUGAACGAUGUUGGCAUUGAUGAGAGUUACAUUGGGGAUGUGUGCGUCCUUGAGGACAUGACAACACACCUGCCUGUCAUCGAGAUCCGGAUUGUGGAGUGCAGAGAUGAUGGGAUUGAUGUUCGCCUUCGUGGCAUCAAAAUCAAAUCCUCCCGACAGAGGGACUUGGGGCUCAGUGCCGACAUGUUCCAGCUGGCCAAUUUAGUACGCUACCCCCGCCUGGAAGGGACAGACCCUGACCUGCUGUACCGGAGGGCAGUGCUCAUUCAGAGGUUCAUCAAGCUCCUGGAUAGUGUCUUGCAUCACUUGGUGCCAGCCUGGGACCACACUGUAGGCACAUUCAGCAAACUCAAGCAUAUCAAGCAGUUCUUGUUGCUGUCCAAGAGGCGCACGGCUCUCAUUACACAGUGUCUGAAGGAUUCAGAGACAAGCAAGCCCAACUUCAUGCCACGGCUCUACAUCAACCGACGUCUGGCUAUGGAGCACCGAGACAACCCUGCCUUGGAUCCCAGCUGCAAGAAUGCUGUCUUCACUCAGGUGUAUGAAGGCCUGAAGCCCUCUGACAAGUUUGAAAAGCCUCUAGAUUAUAGGUGGCCGCUGCGUUACGACCAGUGGUGGGAGUGCAAAUUCAUCGCAGAGGGAAUCAUUGACCAAGGUGGUGGUUUUCGGGACAGCCUGGCAGACAUGUCGGAGGAGCUGUGUCCCAGCUCAGCAGACACUCCUGUGCCCCUGCCCUUCUUUGUGCGCACAUCUAACCAGGGUAACAGCACUGGAGAAGCCAGGGACAUGUAUGUCCCCAACCCCUCCUGUAAAGACUUCCCAAAGUAUGAGUGGAUUGGGCAGAUCAUGGGAGCAGCUCUGAGGGGCAAGGAGUUUCUGGUCUUGGCUCUUCCUGGCUUUGUAUGGAAACAAUUAACAGGGGAGGAGGUCAGCUGGAGCAAAGACUUUGCUGCGGUGGACUCGGUGCUGGUGAAACUCCUGGAGGUGAUGGAAGUGAUGGACAAAGACACUUUUGAGUUCAAAUUUGGGAAUGAGCUGACCUACACGACAGUGCUGAGUGACCAGCGCAUGGUGGAGCUGAUUCCCAAUGGCAGCAACACCGUGGUCCGCUAUGAGGACCGUAAGGAGUUCAUCCAUCUGGUACAGAAAGCUCGACUGGAGGAGAGCAAGGAGCAGAUCAUGGCUAUGCAAGCUGGGCUGUUGAAGGUAGUACCCCAAGCUGUUCUUGACCUCCUCACUUGGCAGGAGCUGGAAAAGAAAGUCUGUGGAGACCCUGAAGUCACAGUUGAUGCCCUGAAGAAACUCACUCGCUUUGAGGACUUUGAGCCACUGGACACCCGCGUUCAGUACUUCUGGGAAGCACUCAACAACUUCACCAAUGAGGAUCGCAGUCGCUUUCUCAGGUUUGUUACUGGCAGAAGCCGCCUCCCAGCACGGAUCUACAUCUAUCCUGACAAACUAGGCUCUGAGACGACAGAUGCAUUGCCAGAGUCAUCCACCUGCUCCAGUACCCUCUUUUUGCCCAACUAUGCCACAGCCAAGGUAUGUGAAGAGAAGUUACGCUAUGCGGCCUACAACUGCGUGGCCAUUGACACAGACAUGAGUCCAUGGGAGGAGUGAUGUUGCAGCCUGACCAAGCAGCAUGGACAAUCACUUGACAAAACCAUACAAUGGGAAGAGCUCCCUUGUUCCCCCAGGUUAUGUAUAUAUAAUAAACAUCUAGGUCUGAAGCCUGGCUUCCUGCAGUGGUAACCAGUACCACUUUGGACACAGACAUUUGGAACUGGCUUGGAGUGUAAAUGUUAUUGCAGUAAUGAAACCCUGUUCCCAGCCCUCAUUCAUCAGAAAGGCCGGGUAGGCUUUUGCAAUGAGUUUCUUCUCCCAGUGUUCCCAUUGCAGCUCCAUAACUUGCUCUUGCUCUUCCUGGGCUGUGCUGUGCUUUGCUCCAAACAGAAGUGGGUAGGGCUACAGAGUUGCAUGGCAGGUUGUGGUAUGGGACAAAGAACUGUGAGCUGCAGCUGAGAGCAUUUGGUGUACAGAGGUCACUGUGCCCUAGCCCAAGUGUCCUGACUGCAUUCCUUUGCUUUGUUCCUGCUUUCCCAUGAGGUCAUGGACAUGAGAUCAUUCAUGUACGCUUGAGAAGUGAAGCAGACCGGUGGUGGGUGCUGCAGGGGUGCCUUUGGCCACCAGGUGUCACGACAGGCUUGCACAGUGAGAAUGUGGGUGCUGUGGGGUGCUAUUAUGUCACACAGAACCUGUGACCACCCGUGGUUCUCCGCACCAUUGCACAGCAGCAACUGCUGGGGGAGCUGCUCCCCUGCAGGAGACGGGAAUGAUUUGCUUUUCUCCCUCUCUAUAGUCUUCUGAUUCUGCAUUCUGCCCAGGGCAUGCUGGUAGCCUAGCAGCUGUUCUCCCAGGCUCUUUGAGCCUAAAAGCCUGUGUUACAAUUAAUCUGUUACGGUUCUCAUGGAGAUGUGCAGGCAGGGCCAAGCUCUUCCAGACAGCAGAGGUGGGAGCAGUAUCAGGCAGAGCAGCACUGGCCUCUGCUCCUGUCUGCCAUGGGAGGAGAGGUGGAGGGGUUGAGGGAGACAGCCUUCACCGCAGGAAGAAGAAGAGAAGCUCUGUGUGUUUCUGAGCUUGGAGCAGGUCAGUAUGUGACCAAGCAAUGGGCAAGGAGAGCUUUACGACAUCAAACCAUUCUUGGAUUUUUCCAGCCCUGGGCAGGGCUGGUGCUUGCCUAGCACUGUGAGCUGCCCAUGACAGUCUGCUUUUACACCCUGGCUUCGUCUUCAGUCUGAGAGCUGCUGGUCCAUCGCUAGUGAGAGCCACUGAGUCACUUGUGCUGGAGUGGGGCCAGCGCUGUGAGUUAGGAUUUAUCGUGUCUGAGCACAUCAUGCCUUACUCUCUUCUGUUGGAAUCUGUCAUUCAGAAAUUGCUCCUGGUUGUAAAUGAAGUCAUUCCACUUACCAGUUUUCUUGGAAACUGCCAUUAUUCCCAGAACUGCUAAGGGGCUGCGCUGAAAGGAAUGUAGGAUCAGCAGAGCCCAGGCUUGAGGUCUCCUUGCAUUGCGGUGAGUGGAAAGAGUGUAGGGUGAGUAGGAAAUUCCCUUUUGGCAGCCCUGGCCUGCGGCAGAGCCUUCCACACAUGAUGUGCUGGGUGCUAAGCCCUGUCUGCUGGAGGUUUUUUUUUGUAAAUCCUAGAGUUAUCUCAAAACUGAGCUCUAUGACUUUGCAGCUGAUUGCAGCAGUAAAGUAGCACAGGGACAGGGCAGUGUGUGAUACCCUUCUGCUUUGGUGGCUGAGUCACAGCCCAGUGUGUUUGCUUUUAAGUCAUCAUGAGUGAGCUGGUGGAAAGGCUCUGACCUGCUGCUUUGGCCACGGGCAGGAGUGCUGGAGAAGAAAUCUUCAGCAUCACACUAAGAGAGCAGCAGGGUGAGAUGGGGUUUGAAGUGGGCCAUCCUAAGUCCUGUCUGGAUGCUGAUGGGGUGGAAUCCAUGCUGCUUUCUCUGACUUUGCCUGCUUAGCAGUGAGAGAGGCCUGCAGGAGGGUGGGUUGUUUACCUAGGGAACUUGAAGAAGGAAAGAUGAACUCUAGUACUUUAUUGCAGGGUGUGGACAGGUGCAUCUUGGUUUUUAUUUUGGAGGACUUGACAGUGAGGUGACAUCUGUGGGGAUGGACAGGCCCUGUGCUAUGGCAGUGUGCCCAUUACAGCAGGAGGCCAGGGGUGCUUUCAUGAGUAGCACAGAGAGCUGUGAGCAGGAGCCAGAGCGUUCCCCUUCUAUUGCUGAGACUGGAUUUGGUUGAGGUCAGUGUUUGGGCCAGGAACAUCCUGAGCUGUUACUGGACAGAGGCUAUGUCUACAGCUGGCUAAUAGGUGUGCAGGGAAGAAAGAGCAGGGGGGAUCAGUGCUGUGACAUCUCUGAGGAACCCCUCUCUUCCCCCAGAUUUCAGCUUGCUGAAUUGUCCUAGGAUAGCUUCAGGUGAUUAAUACACACGUGUAGACUAGCUGUUCUUGUUCUUCCACUGCUACCCUGAAGUAUGACAAGCUAUAAAUAGGCAGAUGGGAGCUGUCUGUCCCUACUAAAAUAAAAUGAACUAACCAA